AUGCGGUGUUUUCUUUUGAGCGUGCUGUGCACCAUACUGUUGCUGGGGACGAUAUCAUCGGCUUGGCCAUGGCGACCCUAUGGAGGACUCCUGGGUGGUUCCUUGGAUAAGCGAGCCGACACCACAGAGACAACAACAGCUGAAACCUCCGAAUCUACCGCAGAUGCAUCCACUGCCCCCAAGACUUCUACCGGAACAAACACCGACGCAAAUACCGACACAAAAACAGGCACUGCAACCGAUUCCGAGACGACUGGCACAGCAACUGGCACGAAAACAGGAAAGGGCAAGACUACCACGACCAGCUCAAUCUCCAUUGACCCUGCUGCCGCUGCUGGCGGUGUGUCCAUGAUCACCCCCGCUUCCUCGUCAACGACCUACUACAAGAUCGGCGAGGAUGUGACAUUUGUGUGGAACUAUACCUCCUUGUCGGUCACGCCAUCCGCGGUCAACGUCGUGGCUUCGUGCGGUUUCAACUCGAUGAAGUAUACGCUCAGCUCUAACAUGACCGUGAAGGAAACUGGAAGCAUCGUGUGGGAUACUGGAAAAUACCAGAAAUCGGCUACCAUUCCGUUGCUCACAGCAUCGUAUACUUUGAUCGUCUACGAUGCCGACAAAGACAUCGGCGAUGCUGCGAGCGCAGGGCACCUGAGCUCGCAGAAUGGUGGUUACGUCUUUGGGAUGUACACCCCCCAGCCUUACACCCCCCUCAAUGAAUUCAAGUGCGCUACCUGCAGCGGUGCCCUGUCCGAAACCAGUCGCCUAGCCAUCAAAUUCACCGUCGGAAUGGCCGUGAUCACGUUCGCGUCGUUCACCUGGUUUGCGGGCAGUGCUGGCGUCCUCGUCACUUGA